AUGAAGAGAGGGAAGGAAGAUAUUCGAUUUGGGGAUGUUGUUAGUAGAUAUGAGAAGUACAGUAUAUAUGAUGAACUUAAUAAGAAUACAAUAGACAAGAAUAUAAUAAAGAAAAUAUCCAUAUUAUAUGAUAUAUUUAAACAUAUAAAUAACGUACAGAAUAAUAAUACGAAUGAUUUUAUAUAUACUAAUGAUAUUAUAUAUUGUUUAAGAUAUGAUAACUUUGUUCGUAUACGCUUCCAUAUAAUUUCGAUGGAAAGAAAUAAAAUAAAUAAUAUAGAUAAAGAUAAUUACAAUUUUAUAGAAAACUUAAAUAAUAUAAUAUCCAAUAUAUAUAAUCCAUCAUAUUAUGAUAAAUUUUUAAAUAAUAAAAUAAUAUGUGAUAAAGAAAAAUUAAAUAUUAUGUUAAAAUAUAUUAGAGAAAUUGAAAAUGCAUAUAUAUAUAAAUAUAGAAGUGAUCAUAAUAUAAAAUUAACUUUCGAUGUUUUCUCUCAUACUUUUUAUAUUUUCCUUUCAUAUGAUUAUAAAAAAAAAUUAAGUAUAAAAAAUUUUAAAAAUAAAUAUAAUCAAAUAGAAAAUAAUAAUAUUUAUGAAUACACACCUGCACAAAAAAUGUUACAAUUUAAUUCCUUAGGAACAUUCUUAACAACAAACUUAGCUUAUCAAACAAAUUAUAAAAAUCCAACAUAUAAUUAUAAUUCUUUUGAACAUGAAACACUUGAAAGAAUAACACCAUUCAUUUAUGAGUCUGAACAUAUCAUCAAUCAUUUACAUAAAAAAAAAAUAUAUCCUAUAAAAAACCUAGAAAUAGAAAAUGACUUUUUUAUAAAAAAUAAAAAUUAUGAACAAAACAUGACCAACUUAAUUAAGUUGGAAAAAAUCAAAGAUGAGCACAAAAGACUGAAAAAUAAUAUUCAGCACAAUUUUUUAUUCUAA